AAGAAACAGCUUCUCUCAGAAAGUUAGAAGAGCACAAAAAGUGGGCAAAAGGCUCAGCAUUUGAGUUUAGUAUAACAGGAAGUUAAAGCUACAACUCUCCGUCUGACUUUUUGAGAGUAGAGAUUGAGAAUGAGGGGCAAGAUUCAUCAGAUCAGGAGGAUUAAAAUGAUUUUAUUUGGGAUGCUGAUGCUUCUCUGUACAGCUCCAUCAGCUGUAAGUGGAGAUAACACCGCCUCCGUCACUGUAGGAUUUUGGGAAAACGUCACUUUACCCUGUGGGAAUGUUAACAAAAAUCAGCAGAACUGUGACUCUACUUCCUGGAUCUACAGUCCUCGUUUUGAUGUAGCAUCAGAAGAGCUGAUAACACAUGGAAAGAUAAGUAGUAAAAUAGCUGAAGCUAAAUCAGAGAGACUACGUGUUAAAGAGGACUGUUCUCUGGUUAUAAAACAUGUCACACGUGAGGAUGUUGGACGUUACACCUGCAGACAGUUCACACCAGGAGAGCAAGAUUCAGACGCUCUUGUGUUUCUGUCUGUUAUCACCACUGACCCAGUAGACUCUUUCAGAAUUUUCUGCAGCGUGUUCAGUUAUGGACCCUGUGAACACACAAUUCAGUGGUAUUAUACUGUGGAUGAUAAUGAAAUAUCAGUGAUACAUUAUAGCUGUUCAGCCAUUGUGACAUUUACAACUCAUGCUGGGAUACCUGAGUAUGAUCAGCUGGUUUGUAAUGUGACGGAUAAAAAGAGUGGACAAACUCUGCAGUGUGACGCCAUCUUUGGGUCAUGUCAGAAAUCAGAAUCAAAAGGAGACACGUCAUCAGAGAAAGAAGGAAACAAUCCUCCACCAUACACCGAAACACCAGGUCUCAUGCUCAGGUUUAUCAUUGUGUCUGUGGGAUUUGCAGCACUCAUUCUAGCUGUUGUGACUGUCAGCAUAUGGACCAGAAUCAAAGGAAACAAAACCCAGAUUGAUCCUGAUGCUGUACAGGACGAUGAAGCUUUUGGUUCAGUCAUCUAUGAGAACUGUGGAGGCCAUGACGCUCCUGUCAGAAUCCACCAAGCAAGAACUAAAUGAUCUGUAUGACUUUAAAAACAUGUAACAUAGUUAUACAUAUGUUGAUGAUGAAGAUUUCAACAAUUUAAGAUUUUUUUGUAAGAUCAAACAGAGCUUUUAAGAUGUAGCUUUGCAGCUGUGUUUUUUAACUCUUUCUGAAUGGUAGAAAAUGAUGAUUGUAAUAUUCAGCCAUCGUUAAGCUCUUUGUUCACUGUGUUUUUGUACACGAUGUUUUGUAGAUUUGAUGGAAUUAAAGCAUUUAUUGAGUCUCUUUA